UUACAAUUAUUUGUGCUUUUUUUAAUCAGUGCUUUGUUUUCACAAUUCCGAUUCCGAAACAAAUUGAAUUUGGACGGAUCGAAAUGAAGUGCGGUUUGUUAUUGGCGAUGUCACUUCUUGUGACAAGUUUCAAUGGAUUAUUGACAGAUAAGCAGGAUGAUGAUUCACCAAUAUCCCGGUCCGAAUUGGAUUCGCUGCGUCGUGCAAUCGAACACAGUGAUGCCGAUGAAGUUAAUUCAUUGAUUCGGAAUGGAAUCAAUAUGAGCUUACGAUUUGAUAAUGGACAAACUCCAAUCCAUAUGGCUGCAGAGAAGAACUCCUAUCGUGUAGUAAAGCUGUUAAUCGAUAACGGUGUAAAUCCAAACAUUCUCGAUGAAAAUGGCCAAACACCACUCCACAUUACCGCUGAGAAAGGUUUCGAAGACAUUGCCCAAUUAUUGAUCGCCAAACAUUCCAAUGUUAGCAUUGCAGACAAAAAUGGUCAAUCGUCACUUUACGCUGCACUCAAAGCAGGCCACGGAGAAAUUGCUGUAAUGCUCAUUGAAAAUGGAUCAGAUCUCGAUUUUGAUCUAGGUGAAUGGAAAGCAUCCAUAUUUCAUUGUGCAAUUCAAACGAUCGCAAGCGUAACUAGAAAAAAUGCGCUCAUCAGAAAUUUAAACGUAAAGGGUAUUUAUGCUGACGUUAACUCAACAGCUGCAUUCAGAGAAGCUAUUGAAAAAGGUGAUGCUUUUUCGACGGAAGUCUUAUUUAAAAAUUGUAAGGACUUACGGACAACACUGAAUCAGGCGCUGCAUCUUGCUACACGUAGAGGACACGCUGAUGUCGUAAAAGUACUCAUAGUAAAUGGCGCUAACGCAAAUGCUGUUGGAUUAAAUGGAAAUUUACCCCUGUUUAUUGCUGUUAAAAAUGAUUAUGACAAAGUGGUUGAUACCCUAGUUGAAUGCGGUGUGGACAUUAACGUGAGAGAUCAAUCAGGAAAUACGGCUCUACACGUUGCAAUUAAGACUGGCUCCAAUCGAAUGGUCAGAUGUUUAAUAAAUAAUUCAGCUGAUGUCAAUGCGAAAGAUAACCAACGACAUUCUCCACUUAUGCUGGCCCUUAAGAAAGGUAAUGACGAAAUCACUCUACUGUUAAUCGAAAAUAAAGCAGAUUUUUAUUUACACCGAUUGAAUUGGGGAUCGGCUUACUUUGGCUGCAUCACACGCAAUGCUAGUAGCAAUGUGAUCAACGCAUUGACCAGAAAUGGCGUACGUAUUGAACGAUAUCGGAACGACUCCCUUCAGAACGCUGUUAAAAAUGGUUAUGUUAACAUGAUUAAUGGCUUAGUUGCAUGCGGUGUGGACAUUAACACGAAAGAUCAAUCAGGACUAACCGCUUUGCACAUGGCGAUUCAAGCCGGUAAGUAGCCAUGUCUUAGUUAAAAGAGAAGAAGGAUUGAAGAAAGAUGAAAAUAGGCCGAAAUUAAAAUGAUUGAGAAGAGAAGACCCUUGCAAAAAGUUGGUUCAAAGUAAAUGAGCGAGUGGUUGGAAUUAUUUUUCCACAAUAUUAAAUACGAAGUGUCUCUCUGCUUGCGCAAAAUGUGAAAUAAUUUGUACCUAUGUAUGUACAUGUAGAAUGUAUUUUUUAUACAUUAAUAAUGGUGUGAGAAUGUGUCCAAUGCUUCAUGUAUAGUGAUCC